AUGGCCCAGGUGCCCCACUCCUUCACGAACUUCGCCGCCACCGCCGCCGCACCCUCCUCCUCGUCCACCGCCGGAGAUUUUUUCAAGAUCUUGCCUUUCCCCGCCUUGAGAGAAAUUCUGGAGGCCAUUUGCGAUCGAUGGGUUUUGAGGACCUUCUUUUGGGAGGCAAACCAUAUAGCCCUGGACCCAACAGACAUUCAUAGCAGUGCGAAAAUCACAACACUAGUAAACCUUCUCAACCCCAUACCACAGAGCAAACAACUGGCUCGCUGGGCUCAGCGAUCUGCGUAUGGGCCACAGACGAAGGCUCCUCGUCAGGUCACAGCGGCGUGCGUGUCUCGCGUGCAACUUGGAAGCGACUCUCGGAGCUUGUGUGCGGUCGCUCGGGACUCCGACAGUAGGGGCCUUCGAGGGAAGGUUUUUGAGAGGGGAGAAGGGAUGAUCUUUGGUGAGUUUUGCUGGUACUCAAAAGCCAAAAUGCGGUCUGGACUUUGGGGAGAAAAAUGUGUGAAGUAA